CUGACAACAGUCCGCAUUCUGUGCCUCUCCAGCCUUAUACUGACGUUGAUGACCACCCUUCUCGUCUCAAGUUUUAUAUUUCUUAGCAUUAGCAAUAACCUUAAAAUGUCUGUACAUCGUAUAGAGGUAGAGGAGGAAGAGUUUGAGAAGUACUACACUGUGUUUGACGGCUCCUCACAGGAAGAUGUCUCUCACGCCAAGUUGCUGUGGAAUUCUCUGUCCCUCUUACCACCGCAGGAGUCGCGCUUGGAGUCGUCCGAUAUACACCAGAGGCUACCGGUAGCUAGGUCACGUAAGGACACCAGUGCCAUCUCCAAAUCAAUCGCUGAGCACAACGUGCCGCCGCAAAAGAGUCGCCAGCGCCUGCAGCUAGCUCUACGUCAGGAGGAGAGAAAGAAAUACUUAAGUAUGGCCAAACAGAGAGGGGAAAUUCUGGAUCCACUGAUGAAGCAAAGAGAGCAGAGGAUACAGAAGGAGAUGGCCUCUUGUCCCUACAAGCCCAAGCAGAGGGACGGGUUUAAGAGUGUAGGAAAUUAUGCCACAAAAUCUGCAAAAGACUUGGACAUUGAGGAGGUGAAGCUGCUACAAUAGUCUCAACCAACUAAUCACAGGCAUAGCCAUAUUGUACACCUUCAAUUCUUUGUUCUCAAUAAAGUGUUUCCAUGUAUCAGUCAACCACAACAGCAGUAGGAGUAAGAACAAAAACUACUGGAUUGUUGACAGGACUGGACUCCACCAGGCGCGUUGCUAGACAUAAAGCUUGACUGGGGCACAGGAGCGGGUUGCAC